AUGGAUCGGCUAGGGGAUCAUGAGCUGCCGGAAUUACUCCCCGAAGCGUCACCAGACUCGACACGGCGACCGUUCUGGGAGGAGAUGUUGCCUCGAGCGAUGGAAAAACUCAAAACCAGCCGUGAUGAACCUGAAAGGCUCAUUAGCACUUCCAACAGCAUCCGAGCCGCGACAGGAUGGGUCGAACUUGUCAAUAUUCUUGAGAAGGCCAGGGCGAGAUACUAUGGCUACUCCGGAUUUGCUGCUAAGAGAACUUCUCAGAUCCGAGAAGAAAUCGAGACCAGUCUACGCCAGUUCAGAGAGAAGCUGGAGGACGUCGAGAAUGUUGUGGCGGUGUACACGAACGAAGAGGAGAUAAUAGCUGCGGCCCUGGACGUCAUAGUAUCCAUCCUCCAAGCCAUUGAGGAUAUUGUUGAUUAUUACUGGGCGAACAAAGUGAGGAAGAUCGCCAAAGUGUUGUUGAAGGGUCAAGAUUACAGAACAGAUCUCACAGAUUGCCUCAACGGGCUUAACUCUAGCAGUAGAAGGUUAACGGAGAAGGCGAGCAUUAGAAACUUCCGCGUAACUUCCUCAAUCAAUGUCAAAGUAUCAGAAGGUGUGGAGCAGCCAAGAUUUGUAACGCUGAAGCAGCUACAACUGGACCAUAUCAAGGUAACCAAAGAGCAAGGUCGACUAGCAGAUAUGCCGUCACAGAUGAAUGAAUCCGGCCGAAACAUGGCCAAAGAGCAGCGGAUGCUAGCUUCAGGCCUGAAUAGAGAAGUAUCAGCCAAUGAACGAAAUGCCGCUGCCAUCUCCGCUGCUGAUCUGAAUGCCUUCGAAAGAAUUAUUCAAGAGCACCUCUCUGCUAUGAACGGGGUCCAACGGUUGAAUACCCAGCUCUUGGCCACGAACGCACGCCUUUCUUCCGAAGUCAACGCCGAACGAUCUCGCAGCCGAGAUCAUCGCUCACAAGGCCCUCCACGCAUAUCACAAGCUCAACUCCUGCGGCUAAUAAACUUGAAUUUGAACUUCGAUAUAUCUCAUGCCGAAGAGAUUGAUAUGAACUUUAUCUUGGACUCAAGUGCUCUUGUCAACCGUCGUGACCAGGGCCGAGCGGAACAACUCGUCAGCGAUUCGAAAUUCCGUCAGUGGGUAGUCAAAACGUCUCCCACUGAACUUCUCAUUCACGGCCACAUGCGACCCAGCCGAACGAACGUAUCUGCCAUUUCACUUUUCACCGCCUCCAUCUUGCAAAGCUUGCGUAGUGUCGACCGCUUUUGUGCCAUUGCCUUCUUUUGCGGCCAACACACCGGUUCAAACGACCCACUCAGAGGAGGCGCUGGGAUCAUUAAAAGCCUUAUAGCGCAGCUCCUCGAUCAGCACCGUUUCGAUGACGCUGAUCUAGCACAUGUGUCCCGAGAGGUCGACCCAACGUUGCUAAAAGGCGAUGCAGAGGGGAUUCAGGUGCUUUGCAAGUUGUUUAUUGUCUUAGUUCAUCGACUGGGUAGUGAUACUACGCUAUUUUGCCUGCUGGACAGCGUCAAUGUGUACGAAGGUGAAGAGUACAUGCAGGAUAUGUAUGUGGACAUGGUGCUGGUUGAAAUAUUAUUUCUCACGCAAGAUAAAAAGGUCAAGGCGCAUGUUAAAAUUCUACUCACAAGCCCGACGGAUACAAACAUAAUCGGGAAAGGGUUUCAACAGAAGGAUAUACUGUCUAUGUCGGGAAGGCUCCUUGUCGAUAAGCAUUUCAUAACAGGCGGAUUUCGCAGAACCUUCGAAGCACCCUCGAUGGUAAAUGAUAAUAGUCCAUUUAAUAUGUCUGCAUCACCGUUUUGUCGUACCAUCGAUGAGACUGCCUUCCGUUAA